AGAAGAACUGGGCAUGGUGCUACAUCUAUUUCGCCCAAGCAAAGCGGAAAAAUUCGCACAGUAAGUAUGGGCAAGGAUUCCUAUGUGGCAUAGACUAUCGCUGGGUCAAACUGGGGCAGCUGCGCGUGCUACGCGACCUUCGUGAUCGUACUUUCGUUUUCCCAUCGAGCGAGCAUAACAAGAAAAACGCACAGGGGUGCUACCGAUCGUUAUUUCACGAAGCAGCCGAAAAGUCGAAGACUCUAUCCGCGACGGCGUCCACGUCUUUGACAACACCGGGUCGGUUCUCAACAAGUACAAAAGCAUAAGGAAACGCCAGCACAGCCUCCCGUCAAGCGGUCGAGAUGUCUAUCGGGAAGAAUGAUAAGGAAUUGCUCGCAGAAUUAAAGAUCACUGAUCGCGAGCUCGUGCUUGUCGCCAUUGACGCCGGCGGAGAAGUCACAAUGCGUUGGUAUCUCCACGAACUAGAAAAGAGGCCCCUGACUUCAGAUGAGUUCAAAGCGCUGCAGGACAAACAAGCGAGAGAUGACGUACUUUUAAACGCGUCGUCUCGGAACUUACAACCUGAAAUAUUCCGAUCUGCAAAUCUUUUAUCAUAAAGGCGGAUGCCGAUGAGUGUGAGUUUCAAACAAUUCAUGAUGUGGUCUCGAGCUCAACACUGAUUGUAAAUAUGCUCGAUUUUCAAAAUAUUCUGUUUCUAUUCAUACAUCGUACUCCACGUCUACCACCACCACGUAAUGCACUGUACAACUCCGAAUAGAGAACGUUCCAAGUUAGUUGCCAUCAAGUAAGUAGCUCAGGUGUCUGAACCAGUGAGAGAUGUUCUUUUUAGGUUGAAACCUGCCAAUCUUCUCUUGCGCUCCAUUGUUAACAACAGGAGGCGGAAGGGAAUGAGGAAAAAGAAGAGCAAGCUGUAGCUGACGCUCAAGAGGACAUAAAGAUGAAAAUGGAGAACAAGCAGUGGCUGCGCCGGCCGAAGGCGCAGUGGAUGUGGAAGCCGAGGAUGAGAAUACCGCGGAAGCUAUGGGCGAAGAAGGCAAUUCGGGCGACGAGGACGGUGUGGGCGCUCAAGGUGGAGGUAGUGACAGGGAGGACGAUAGCGCAAGAUGGCGGUACAAGUUUAUUUUGCCGCUUGCCUGCGCCGAUUUUUGCCAUUCUGCCAGCGCAGGCCUCUGGUGAUGCUUACGCUAUAGAGCAAGCGAAAACUGUACCUGGAGCAGGUGAUGCAUCACUAUCACUUCCUUCAUCAACAUCACGGCCAGCGCCACCCGCUUCCUCCAUCGCAAAUGGCACUAUUUCUCACGGUGGGGGUAUGCAAAGAACGGUAACCAACAACAGUAUGCGCAUCACACUGGACUACGUUCGUCGAGCGUUCAGGCCGCGCCGUGCACUGCUUCUGCGAAACUCGAAGGUGACCGACUUUUCCUUCCUUGCCCCAAAACUUCCACGAAGAACCUUCGAAUCGAGAGAUGAACUCCGGACCUUUCUGCUUGAAGAAGUCGGCAUACAGUAUGAGCCUGCCCAUAGCACCAACGAUGAAGACACGCAGAUCGCGCCGAUCGGUGCAUUUCCCCCAAACUCCGUGGAUCAGAAGGGCGCGGGUUUUGGUGACCACUUUUUCCGUGGCGCUCUGGAUCGCAUAUUUGCUUUUCAUGUGAAAGAGAAAGAAGCGCACGCGCAGCGUAAUGGAAACCCGUACUAGGCUAUCUAUACUAGAAAUUUUGGAGGACAUUCAUCAUGAUAGCCGUAGGUAGGUAGUAGUUUUUUCCCAGUUCUUGUAGUAUAUCUCGAAUCCUUCUAUUGCGUUGAAGAAUUACAGACAAGAAGAGAUCAGAUAACGACUUUUUUUACGUGUUCGUUCUUAGCGCGAAUAACACCUAUCUGCACCUGCUUGGUACCUCAGGUCCACAACGCCCGAUGCCCGUGCGAACCGAGCGCAAGCAGCGGCUUCUGAGUCAUCCAUGAAGGAGAAGGUGGUGCCUUUCCUAAUGUCGGCGGUAUUUUUCAUUCAGACGAGUAGCCGUCCCUACCAUUCGCAGCAAAAAGGACCAGCGCCGGGCGACGAUGAAGAUGGAAAAAUGGGUAGACGCAGGCUAUCCAGCAUGCAUGAUGUUGAAGAGAACAUAUGA